AUGAUGAACGAUUUAAUUACGAAUAAUGUUACAACAACAUGGAUCAAAAUUAUAAAUGAUGUGAAAAGUUACUGCUUUAUUGGAAAUGAAGCGAUUGCAUUCAACUUAAACAGUUAUAUUCUCUUUAAAAACAUAAUAAAUGGAAAAGAGUCAUUCUACAGAGCAGCAUUCGACAGUGGCGAUGGAAUUUCAGUUAUUGCUGGUCAUAAAAUCUUUCCAAUAUUUGCAUUCGCUGAACGAUGCUGGAAUGCAAAAAUUUUCACCAUCUCAUAUCCAGACUUUAGUCGCAUAUCAGUUUUUGAGCCAAAAGAAGAAUCCAUUUACAUUGGACUAGCAUUCAGCGAGACAGAGCAUUUAAUUGCAUUAACCGGAAUGCCAGAUUAUAAAUUACAAGUGUGGUUUUGGCGAACUCAUGACUUAUUAAUCAGCACUGAAACGGAAGUUCUAACAGAUAAGCAAAAAAUUACAUGCAGCUAUUCACUGCCAUUGACAGUCGCACAAUUUGCAUAUUCUCGUGGCGAAUUGACUAUAUGGGAAGUGUAUGGUACACAGAAAUUCUGUAAGCUCAUUAAGCGAAAGAUUGAACUAAAUUUCUCGAAGCUUGAUGGACCAUUUCAAGACGUUUAUUCCAUUGAAGGAAAUAUUCUCAUUGUCAAUAAGUACGGCGAUAUUUACUAUGUAAUUCCAUCUAUUGGAUCUGUAAACAUGAUUAUAAAGUGGAAUGGCGAUAAGGGUGAAUGUGAUACAUGCAUAGCAUACAUUAGAAAUGGCAUACUUAUAGCCGGACCCGAUGGCAAUUUAAAAUACUUUAAAAAGCAAAAGUAUGUUUGGACUGAAGUGUUUCAAGUCGCUAGAGUAACAACACUUCCGUUUAUUUCACUUAAAGGAUUCCUUGACAACGAAAUUGUUAUUGGAACAACACGUGACGGUGAAAUGUAUAAAAUCAACGUUUCUAAUGACGGUGAGAAGCUCCAGAAGGCAAAGCUACAUCAAUACGAUCCAGUCUAUGAGAAUUUUGUUGUCAUUUAUCCAAAGGGUGACUUUAUAGUCACAGUUAAUGCUCAAAACGAAAUUCAUGUCCUCAACAUUCAAUCUGGUCAAAUUGUAUCACAAAUUCUUGAGGAACUAACCAUGAAUGAUAUAAUACUUAAAGCUAAUCCAAUUUAUCCAUACAUAGCAAUCGGAAAUAGUUCUGGAAAUGUCUUUUGUGUAUCACUGCUACAUCCCAACGAUCCAACACUCUUGACUGAAUUCUUCUUAAGUCGCCAAUCAAUCAAUUUUAUAAGAUUCUCAAAUAAUGGCAACUACAUGAUUAUUAUUGAUGUCGAUUUGAAUCAAUUCUUAAUCUCAUGCCAGCCAGGCGCUCAAAUGACUGUUUUACAUCAUUUUAAAGAAGAUUUUAAUCCGAAGGAAUUUUUCAUUGUCGAGAGCAGAACGAGUCUUUCAGUCAUGUAUCUUGUGAAAACUGAGAAUCAAGUCAAUGAUAAAAUAUUAAAAAUAUCCAUAGAACUUGAUAAUUUUGAAUCUGUAGCUGACUGGCAAGAGUUUCAGCUCGUCUCUACUUACAAUACAAUAAUUCCUAUUUUUGGAUCAACUGAGACUGUUUAUGGCAUUAGAAGUAACGCAAAACUAGUUGAAAUGUUGAAACUUGACAUGGAUGGAAUUAAGUUAUUGGACGUUGUGGACACACCACAUAAAAUGAAGCAUAUUGAAGGAUGGAAUGAUGGACGACAUUUAGUGACAUGGAGCAUCGAUGGUAUCGUUGGGAUUUAUAACUUCCAUAAGAAUAAUAAAUUACUUUCAUCAUUUGUGGCUGGAAGUCGUCAUAAUUUUGGUAUUAAAAAAGCUAAAUGUGACCCGAGAAGUAACUUUGCAAUUGCUUUAGAUUAUUCUGGGAAUCUCAUAUGCUCUAAAUUAAAUGUGGAACUGACACAAGAUGAACAUCGAAUGAUAGAAGACGAAAUGACAAAUUUUGAGUCGCUUGUAGCUGAAAACUUCUCGAAACCAACAUCCGGCGGAUGGCCAGGAUUAUCACAAGAAUUUCAAGGCAAUAAAAAGUUUAUUGACCUUAAAGAUGAGAAAGCUUAUCAAAUGGAAGCUGAGGAAUCAGAAGAAACUAAAAUGUUGCUUUUUAAUAAGCUUAAUGACCUUCGUCGUCAAGUUAAGAAGCUUUUGGAUGACAAUGAAAAAAGCGUUGAAGUUGAAAGGCUGCAAUUUCAGGAAUUUAACCUUGAUUUGAUAACAACAGCACAUAAAGAAGAGGAAGCAAGACAGGAACGAAAUCAACAAGAUAGAAAAAUGCAAGAUUAUAUUGAGGCACAAACAACAAUGAAUGAAUGGAUUGUGGAUAAAUGUUGGAAUCAUUUGGUCGUUAAAGGAACGAAACUUCGAGGCAUGUUCCUGAAUAUGUUUAUUGAAAAUUAUCCACUGUUGCCUGAAAAGAAUGAGAAUGAGCUGAAAAGGCUUGAUUUAAUUAGAGCUAUUGAAAAUUCUGUAGCACGAAAUGACACCUUUUUGCCGUGGAGUCCGAUUCCAACAGUAGAACUAGAAAGGCUGUUAAUUAAAGAGCCUGGAAUGUUUGAACUCGACACAAAUGACACAACUCAAUAUGCGGAAGUGAUAAAAUCAUUAAUGGGAUCAAGUGCUCAUAGAUUUAUCAACAUUUCAGCACUUCAUUAUCAGCAAUUGGAUGCAGUCACGUUUCACCAAAUGCGUGUUGAAAAACUGUUAACUGAGAACGAACUAGCCAAAUUAAAGAAGGAGUUUAACAAAAAGUUCGACAGCAUGCACAGAACAAAAGAAUUUUCCAUCCAUUCCAUACGCUUUAAAAAUGAUAGACUACGUCACAUCCAAAAUGAAUUAAAGAUUCUAGAUGAACUUAAAGGGAUUUCAGUUGAUUCCUUGCAGCAAAUAUUAGAUCCUGACUUUAUGUCUGACGAAACUCCAGACACAGUAAUUAGUGUCAUUGAAUCUGAAGUCUGUGUUGCACCUUAUGUAUCCCCAAGUGUCCAAAGAGUUCUUGAGGAACAAGAAGCAGCCAGAGAGAAAAGACGAAAGGAACUAGAAGCAGAUGAUUUUCGUGAUCGAGCAUUAGACAUAAUGAUGGAUGGCGUCCUUGAACAUAAAUGGGAAGAUGAAAUAAAGAAAAGCUUAAAAGUUCCAGAUUGUUUGGUCAAAGACAAAGCUCCUGAAGAUUGGACAGAGAUUGAUGCACGACAGGUGUUUGAAUAUGAACGUGAUCUUGAAGCACUAAACAUUGAAAGAGAUAAAUAUCGCCGAAUGCUUAAUGAGGAACAAAAGCUAUUGCAAGGAUUGCUGGAUGAAGAAAUUUACAAGUUUAAUUAUACUUUGAGAGAACUUACUGUUGAGAAAUUAAAGUUUGACAUGGCAAUUGGACAGACUGAGAUGAAGCUAUUAUUACUGGCACUGUACAAUUUCAAAAGAAUUAUGUACCAAAAAGAGGAAAUCAAAAUUCGUCUCAAAAUGGAACAAUUAAAGGCUAAUACUGACAGGCAUUGUCAGAUGCAAGGCGAAGUCCAAGACUGGAUUAAAGAAAUCAAGCAGAACUACGAGAAUCUGCAGCAAAAAGACAAAACAAUGGAGAAGCAGUUUAAAGCUAAUUUUAAUGAACAAUGUCCACAAGCUCCAGCAGAUCAAGCAUUUAAGUACUUUAAACGCCGUCCGAAGCUACAAAUGAGAGCACAAAUUACAUCACCAAUAUUACUGGAAGUAGCUAAACGAGUUACAAAUAAGAAACUUACACAGCACAUAAAGCUAUUGCCACCUGAAUGUCUCGAAUUCCUUAACGGAGUGGAUACAUUAGAUCAAGUAUCAUCUUCAACGACUGGAAUUGAUGUAAACUCAUGGCAAGUGCUGUGUAAAAUGCGACGAAUUAAAAUUGAGAGUGAGUUUAAGAUUAAAAGCUUAGGAUUACAACUUGCUGAUGCUGAAUCAUCACUGCUUGCAUUUAUAAAGGAAAUUAAUAAUAAGAAGCAACAAAUGCAGGCACUCGAACGUCAAUUACUUGAAAUGAAAGAAAAUCGUGAGAAUGAUUUAAUUAAUCGGACAAUACAGCUAGUAAUGCAACGUGGAUUAAUUGAGAUACAGUUGACUGGAAGUUUUGUUGAUUUCAAUGACAGCAUUUUAAUUCAUCGAUCUGAUGUUGCAGAUAUAAAUAAAAUCAUACAAAAGAAGGGUAAGAAGAAGCUUUUGGCAUUAUCGAAUGGCGCAAUGUUUAGACGAAAUAUAACAAUGAAGGAAUGGGAACAUAAAGUCUUAAAGUUAAAAGUUAAGGAUUUGAAUGAGUUUGUAAGGACAAUUGAGAAAUGUAAAAUAACAAAGGAAGUACAGCAGUGGCUGAAAAGAAAGGAACGUGGAUGGAUUGAUGAUCUUGGCGAGGAUGCAUUAAAGCGUCAAAUUGAGAACUCUAUUAAUAGUCAAGAGAAGAUUUUGGCUGAUUUGGUCAAGGAAAUUGCAUUAAUGCAAAAUCAAAUAAAUAUAAAGCGAAAAGAGAUGAAAAUUUAUGAUAAAAACAUCCAGAAGAUGAAUAUUGACGUGUCUGAGAAGAAUUUCAUGCGAGAUGUUGAAUUUGAACAGGAUCAGGUUAAAGGAACUAAGGAAAGAAUGUCUUUAAUUAUUAAUCGUGCUAAGAUGGUUCGACAAAUUCAGAAUCAGCACUCACAAUUACUUCAAUUGACCACAAUUUUGGAAUUACAGAGAUUAAAGACUUUCCCGACAUUAAAUGCCAAGCAAACUGAGAGAUAUCAAAGGACUUAUCGCUAA